AUGGGCACGACUAAAAGUCGUAAAUCUAGGCGGAAUAACUCAAGACCAACUGCCUUUACUUUUUUAUCCAACAUUGCACUCGGUAGCGAAAACGAAAAACCACCGGAUGACUCUAUACGAAUCAACAAUGCUUACUUGUCAACCACUGAUCCAGACUUAUUGCACUAUGUGGAAGAAACUACUGCGAAUGAGCAGGUCGGAGCUUCUUCCUUGCACUCAUCAGAUAGCAGCUUCUCCGCGGACGACGACAAUGUACAAACCACCAUACCUUCUGAUUCCCAUGGUCGAUUUAAUUCAACAACCACUGCACCCGUUAUAACAACCAAUGUGUACCAAAACGAUACAAAUCCACCAAAGAGAGGAAAAUACCUUUCUCAAAAGCGUCAUCCUUCUUCUGAAAGCAGCAAUGAAGAUGUGCAACAUCAUAAAUUGACCAGAGAAGACAGCGAACGACCCAUUGCUUCUGAAAAAAUCAAGAAAAAGUCGAAUCACAACGACAAGGAUCAUGGACAUGGUGGCAUGUCAAUCCUGUCCGUCUUUCGCUAUUACACUGACAAAAUUCGCCAUUCAACAAGCAAGAAGAAAUUAGAUUCAUCCAAUGCAACCAACCGUGGCUAUGUGCAACAACAAUUGGAAUGUCAGGAUGGCCACCGACACCGAAAGGCUCAAUCGUAUGCUCACUUUUUGAAUACGACAGGGUCAUUGCUUGAUAAUGAAACUGUGCAAGAGCAGGUCGAUGCCAAUUCAUAUGAUCCCUUUUUCCUUGAUGAUGAUUCCUAUGGCAAAUAUGGACUCGAUCCAAGCUCCUUGGGCACACUUGUCAACAGCAACAACAACAAUACUAUGAAGCCAUCUGAAUUGAAGCGAGAAAUGAAUGAACAGUUCCGUUUGAAUCAUCCAGAAAUCCCUGCUGAAAUCACGCUUAGUAAAAUCAGAGCCAUCAAGCUCCAUUUAUUGGAGAUUGGUAAACAAGUGGAUCUGGAAGUAUCCAGUGUAGCACACGCUUAUGUCUUUUUCGAAAAGCUAGUGACCAAGAAUGUGGUGACUAAGAAGAACCGUAAACUCAUUGCAGCCUGCUGCUUGUUUUUAGCUACCAAAGUAAAUGAAGCUAAAGGAACUUGGUUUAGACCACUUUUGGAAGCCAUAGAUGACGAAUUGGACGUUGAUGCUGAGGAGAUUCAUGAGCAUGAAUUUGCAGUGUUUGCAGAUCUCGAAUUCAAUCUCUAUGUGCCUCGAAGAGAAUUCAUGCCUCAUUUUGAACGCAUUUUCAACCAUUUGGAGUACAAGAGUAUGCAAGAGUACCUUGGAAAUACUGCCUUUUAUGAGGUCAAUCAACGCAUGUAG